CAACAUUCCAUGGUCUUUUACUAAGGAAUUUUAAUUUGGGACUUUCUUUAGCUGCGCGGCAGAACGACUUUGCAAGCACUGCAUUGCGUUGUCAUUCCGUGGGUCAAAGUGGUGCGUCUAAGUGGGUGGCGAGCUUAGGAUAUUACGACUGAAUGUAAUGGGAAAAGGGACUUGACGUUUGACGCGGGUUUGCGACAACAGAUGGAAAGCAAUGACGAACUGGUCGGACGGGCCUCUCCUAUUGUUUCCUCGACAACUAACAUCACUUUCAUUGAAUUUCUUAUUCAAAAACUCACCGCAGCUUCCAACUAUCCUACAUUGUAAUCCAAUUCACCCGCAUCAACCUUUGUCCCCAAUCCCGACCAAGAUAGCCCGGCAUUUCGCAAUCCGACUACACUCAGCAUUCGACGUUCCACGCGAUCCUUCUAGUUGGUUCCUCCUUCUUUGACGGCAUCGACUUCCCUCGACGAUACCUAGCCAUCAACAGCGCGGAAUUGUGCAUGGUCAUCGCAAACUGAUUUGGAACCGCCUGGUCAAAAAUAAACCCGCCAAGACUUUCCCACAAUGACGGUCAAGGACGACGUUUAUCAUGCAACCGACCACUUGAUCCUCCCCAAGCCUCGACGCCGCUAUGGCACCAGUGUCCACCCCAGUCACUGGCAGUUACGUUCUAUGGUGGGCAUCGAGGACAACAACGUGGUUUAUUUUCCCGGAGGGAGGGACAGCACCGAGGUCCAGAGACUCAACAUCACAACCCAAGAGAUCGAAACCAUCAAGCGCCUUCCUUUUCAGCCUCGGUGUCUUGUCGCGCGACAUGGGUGGAUCUGCUGUGGUGGCGAGACCGGCGAGUUUACGGCGAUACAUGUCCGCGAAAGGACCCCUCAGAACGAUGCCAAUGCGCAGCUCAACACGGAUUCGGACGACCAGGUCCCCGGUCAGGAGCUACUGGACGAACUCAGCCGUGACUUGGACGACGAAGACUCGGUAGAGGUCGCGCGGGCGUUGGCUCGGGCCCAAAUCAUAACUGCUGCGCGAGGCAAUACCAAUAACGACAACAACAAGAACCUAUCUGUCACAAGCAAAAAGUUUGGCAAACAGCGGGUGAACUGCAUCACUUUGUGGUUUCCACCGACUUUGGUACCAGCCGCGGCAGGCGCAUACAACGAACCAGUUGCCGUUCUUUCAAACAACGACAAUUCCGUUGCGUGCGUAAGCUUAUGGGAAGAGGACGCCUUGGACGAGAUCACAUACCCGGACUGUGUCAACCGUGCUGUCAUCUCGCCCGACGGCCGGCUCCUGAUCGCCAUCAGUGACGAUCCCUAUCUCUACGUGCACGAGAGGCUUGAGAAGGAUGAGCCGUGGAUGAAUACGUACCGUUUGUCCCAUCGAACACAUCAAUGGGCUCCGCUGCGUAAAGUCCCCUUGAAGAGUCAAAGCAAAGAUGAUCGGUCGGAAAAUAGGGGGAGUUUUGCGGCAUGCUUUUCCACUACGGGGAGUUAUCUUGCUGUCGGAACUCAGUAUGGAAUUAUUUCUGUAUUUGACGUUGCGGCCUUCUCCGUCCCUGGAUUAGAUCCCCUCGUGACGACCUUCGGCUCGUCAAGGCCAAAUGCUGAGCUAGGCGCCAUCCGUGACAUGGCUUUUGCUCCCGGGUCCACGGACCUCCUAGCAUGGACCGAAGAUCGCGGCCAUGUCGGUGUUGCCGACCUUCGAACCGGUUUUCUAUCGCGCCAAAUCCUGGACCUAGACAAACGAGACGAUUACGACCACAUCACCAUAUCCGAUAGGAGCGCUAUCGACCCUGGCCUCCUUCUCCUCGCAGCAGCUCGCACCGAUGACAAUGAGGCAUCAGCAUCCGCUUCACCACCAUCUCGUUUGCGGGGUAUCGAUCUUCUUGCAGCCCUGGAAGCUCGACGGGAACGCUCAAACAGAGAGCAUUGGGAUCCGCUAGAGUCAUCUUCGUUUACUCCUCGUGAACUGGAGGUCCUUGACGCGAUUCGGGCAGAACGAAGACAACGAGAAGCCGCUACCUCGGGCGGAGGACCAACCACGACCGAAAGAAGAACUAAUACUUCGAUCUGGCGUGAUGAUCCGUCAUCCCGCUUAAGUGGAGCAGGAGCAGGAGGAGACACACAGCGGUCGUCUGGGAGUAGCGAGCAAUCCCGCGAGCGCGGCAGUGGAUUGAGAACUGCUCGCGAUACCAGGGACUUAUCUACCUACCGCGAGUACGCAGACUUACUUUACGGGAUCCAGCCUCGCGCAGCUACAUCGCUACGAGCUUCCGCCAGCACCAGCGGAGGUGCAGCCGGUAGUGGUAGCAGCGGUCGUGAUGGACGAAACUUGCGAGCAAGCAUAGCUGCAUUACGGGAAGCAACGGACGAAGCUAGCGCCGCGGACCAUCUUCGUGUCAUUGCCGCCAUUACUAGGUUAGACAGAGGAGGAGACCGAACGACGCACCCACCUACCCGACCCGCUGGCAGCGGUAGCGGUAUCAGCAGUAGCCAAGCCCAGACUGCUUCAGAAGCAGCAGCAGAGAGGCGAGCUCUCAACCUCUCCUCGCGCAUCAUAGCGAACCCAAGCUUAUUGUCUCCCACCAGCAGAAAUACCACGUCAAACACUAGUGUCAAUGCUGCAGCCACUCUGCAACAGCUUUACUACACCCUUCACCUCGAAGACACGCUCCCCUUUGACAGUUUCAGCAGGACACUGCCCGAUCUCGACUCCACCCGCAGGCUGCGCGGCGCCCAUGCCUCGCUGCGCGAGUGGGAUGAUCAUCCGACCAGACGGGCGUUUGGCGCGCUAUAUAUGAGUAGACGGGAGCCCGAUCCGCAUGAUACUGCGGGGUUGUGUUGGAGUGAGGACGGGAGGGUUUUGUUCGUCGGCGCCGAAGAUGGGAUCUACGAGUUCCAUGUGAAUCUUUUGCAGAGGAGUUUAUUUCCUAGUAUGGACUACCGUUAGGUUUGACGUUCUGGGAUGGUCCUGACUUUUGUUUGUUUUUUUCCCUUCUUCCUCUUUCGGGCGUUGUGUGCGGCUUGGUUGGUGAACUUGAUGGGAAGGGAAUAAGGCGUUUUCGGCAGAACUCAUUUCACUUUGACCCCUUUGGGGGUGAACAUGGACAUAUUACCUUUCGAUAAUAACGAACCACCAACCAACAUGGGACGACGUGGGACCGUGGGCGCAGUGGAAGAGGGUCUCUUCAAGUUGCUCUUGGCUAAAAUGGUGAUGGACUAUCAAGACGGUGACGUGCGGGGAAACAACUUCGAAAAGGUAUUAAUGAAUGAGGAUGUUUGAGGCUGGGCUUGGUUGAUUGAGAGCGGCUACAAAAUUGUUUGGGCAACGGAUAACCUGGCAGCAGCAGUUCAACAAAAGUAACCGAGUUGGGGAGAGAUUGAUAUGUAUGGUGUUAUCCAAAAUAGUUCUUAACUCCUAAACAGGUAAUUGAAUGCUUACAGUCAC